GGUUGAGGAUGAAGGGGAGUUCACCUGCCAGGCUCAGCACCCACUGGGCUCCCAGCACGUUUCCUUCAGCCUCUCUGUGCAGAGGACCCCCUUCUGCAGGAACCCCCUCUUCUUGCAACUGUGUGACUGAGAAGCAGGAGGGCUCCUGGCCACUGGUCCUCACCCUGAUCAGAGGGGCCCUCAUGGGGGCUGGCUUCCUCCUCACCCCUGGCCUCACCUGGAUCUACUACACCAGGUGUGGAGACCCCCCAGGGAGCGGGGCUGAGAGGCCUGACUGAGCCUCCUUCCUUUUCAAGACGGGACUGAGGUGUGGACCUGGAGCCCAGGGGGACAGAUAUGGGACAUCAU